AUGGCGCAACACUCCGUUGAAGCAUCCACCUCAUACCGCGUUGCUUCACAAGUUCCCGCUUUGUCACCGCGACCGAACUCCUUGAAAUGGACUGGCGGCUACUACAAUCGAAGCGCCCUCUGGCUCACAGAACCAGAUACCAUCAUCAUCAUCAAGUCGCUCGCAGUUAAACACCUUGCUUCCGAACUGCUAGACACUCUGAACCUCGACGGGCUUGAGGGUCAAAUCUUUGCUCAAGGUGGCUUCAACAAGGCCGGCUAUACUGUAUUCUGGAUAUUCUACGAGUCAUCUGCUCUGCGUGUCUCUGCCUCUCGUACCGCACUACAGGGUCGAGAGUGA